GCAUGUUCCUCCAUGAGCUUAUUCUGCGAUUCUGGGCGUGGCUUCAGGCGCGCUUCACGGCUUGGAUACUUGCAAUUCUCUCUUGCGGUCCCAUACCACAACAUGUCGCGUUCGAGAUGGAUGGGAACAGGCGGUACGCACGCAAGAGAGGGAAAAAGGCGCAGGAGGGGCAUUAUGCUGGGUUCGAUGCUCUUAGACGGGCAUUAGAUAUAUGCUUCAAAAUGAACAUACGCUGUGUCAGCGUGUACUCGUUCGCCAUCUCCAAUUUCAAUCGUCCGCAAGAGGAGGUGGACACGCUCAUGGGUCUUGCAGAGAGCAAGCUGUUAGAGAUAUGUCAACACGAAGGGUUACUCACUAAACACGGCGUACGACUAAACGUCAUAGGGGACAAGAAGCUGUUUCCCAAGAACGUGCAAGAGGCUGUCCAGAAAGCUGAGGAGCUCACUCGACAUAAUGAUAAAGCGAUCUUUAACAUGCUCAUGCCUUACGACUCUCACUACGAAAUCGACAACGCUGUACGCACGGCUGUAAUUGACGUUGUGAAGGAGGGGAAACCAAGACAUCUUACAGAAAAGGACAUCGACGACCGGAUGCUGACCACCAUCGCCGGUAGCCCACCACUCGACAUUCUCAUACGCACCAGCGGAGUCAAACGGUUAAGCGGCUUCAUGCUUUGGCAGUGCAGUGACGAUACACAGAUACAAUUCACAGAUACCUACUGGCCAGACUUUGGCCUCCGAGACCUCGUCCCCGUCGUCCUCGACUACCAGCGGAAAGUUUGGUCAAGGCAAAAAUCUCGCCCACCGACAUUGUAGACCUCAUUGCUAGACAUUCGCUUGUAAAUUAACAUCCAGACGGACUGAUACAUCCACACAUUCCAGCUCUAGAACCUUAAUCCAUUCGGACGAUUAAUUCCACCAGUCAUGUACAUGUAAAGUAUAUUAAUUUGCAUGCCCAAAAUCAAAAUACA